AUGGUCACCCAGACCAAACUCACCGCCUCUGGCUCAUCUUCACGCAAUCGCGUCCGCUCCAAUUCAGCAGCAGAAGAGGCAGAACCUGCAACGGCCGUCGAUUCUGCUUCUGGAGACGAGGAGGAGGAGGAGGGUGAGGAUUACGAAGUUGAGGGAAUUGUGGAUCACAAGAAGAGUAAAGGAGGGUGGUUGUUCCUGGUCAAGUGGGUGGGGUAUGAUGAUGCAGAGAAUACGUGGGAGCCCGAGGACCACAUGCAACCAGAGACGGUGCGAAGCUACUGGCGAUCCCUUCCCAACGCCCGCCAACCAGGUAGACAAGCGCAGCACGAGGCAGCCAAGCGCGGUCACGCCUCUACAUCCAAGUCUCAAAGCCCCAUAGUAAAGGAGAAAGCAAAGGCGCUUCCCCCUACCAGUCUUCCUGCACAUCUCAACCUCAGAGGGGGAGGACACCCUUCGCCAAAGACAAAGGAACCUGUAACGCAACCGAGCUCUUCUUCUGCUUCGGCAAAGAAGAGGGCAGCGGAAGCUGUGCCGGUGCAGGAAGAAGAAGAAGAGGAGGAGGAGGAAGAGGAGGAGCAAGUGGACGAAGAGGAGCUGGACUAUGAUGUGGAUGAUGCGACUUGGCUUGCAAUGGAGAAGGAGUGGAAGGACAAGUAUGAUCCGAUGGACAGCUGGGAAGACGUCGUGGUACGGGUCAACACCCUCGAGAGAGAGCCCAAUGGGGACGUGCAGGCCUACCUAGACUUUCCGGACGGCGUCUGUCUAAUCUACCCGCUGCAAGUAGCAAAGAAGAAGUGUCCACAACAUCUGUUGAGCUUUUACGAGGCCCACUUGAGAUUCAAGGACCCGAAGCGGAGCCAGAGUGGAUUGAGCUCGACGGGGAUGAGCUCGAGGAGGUGA